AUGGAAGGCAAGUGGGCGACGAAAUGGAAAGAAGAGAUUGAGAAGCAGAGAAGAAAGGAGCAGGAAGAAUCGCCGGGGAUCAAGAAGGGAGAUUGGAAAUUAAGAAGUAGACGAGGAUACUCCGGAGAAGAAGGAAGCAGUAAGAAUCGCCAGAGAUCGGCGAAAAAGGGGAAAGGCGAAGAUACGCCCAGAGAUAGGUGA